UAUAAAAUGGCGGAAAAACAAACUGGCAAAGACGGUCACGGACUCUCACUUUGUCUGCUUCCCAUGUCAAGAAUACGAACAAUAAUGAAAAGUUCACCGGAUGUCGGUAGCAUUAGUCAUGAAGCUCUGUUUUUGACUGGAAAAGCAACGGAGAUGUUUGUUAAAAAUUUGACAAAUGUGUCGAGAGGGAAGAGCCAGGAUAAGAUGAACGUUAGUUACAAAGAUUUAGCCGAAGUUGUCAAUUCUGAUGAUGUACUGCAGUUUCUUCAAGAUAUUAUUCCGAGGAAAAUCAAAGCCAGGGAAUACUUAGAACAGCUAGAAGAUGAAGAUGAAGAUUCCUCCUGACAGAGCUGUGGAGGGGAGACUCAAGAUACAUUGUGUAAAACUGUGUUCAUUUCUCAUUUGUAGCAUAUCAAACAAUAUUUUCAUGCAUGUCAUUCACAAAAUAAAUAAACUUAAAGUAGUGAAAGAA